ACGUCAGCAAAGCAACGCCGCCUGCGCCAUUUUUCUCUAUGUGAAAAUUUUAAUCAGACGGAAAAAUAAUUCUUGCGUGCUAAAAUAUAUUAAAUUUUUUUUAAAGACUUGGAUCAUACAAUUUUAGAACGCGUUUAACUUUCCCAGAAGAAAAAUGCGCGUUACCAAAAGUGAUAUAAGUCUAGAGUUGGAAUGCUGGGUAGAGGAAUUAUCACCAGCGCAGUUAGCUGCUUACGAAAAAGUUACUAACGAACAUAAUGCUAUUAAAAAUGCAUUGAAAUCAGCUUUAACCACCAACGAGGGUCGGGAGCUCUUCAAUGGACAGGUAUUUCAAGCAUACUCCUUUAAGGGUAAAGUUUUACAAGAGUUGAAGGAGGCUACUUUACCGCCAAAGAAGCCUGCGAAACCCGACCCGCCGGCGGCAACAGGAGGUGGAACACGAGGUGGUGGUCGCAAACGACCACUAAAUUUCGUGUAUUUAGAAUCUUCGGAUGAAGAAGAAGACGAUGUACCACUCGCAAAGCGAAUUGCAGUAGCUACUGGCAAAAAAGGUGCUAUACCUGCUGUGAGUAAUACGCCUACAGGAAAUGCUGCAAAGGGCCUUAAAGGUCAAAAAGGUGCACCAUCUGCUGGCACACCGUCCGGCAAAGGUGCAAAGCCAGGUGUCGCAGGGAAAGCCGUUACGGGCAAGGGUGAUAAGGGAGGCAAUAAUGCCACCACACCACCAACUAAUUUCAAACCAUCGGAAAUUAGUUCAGUCGGUGGUUUGGUUAUUGGAACUGACGGCAAAGAUGGCAAGGACGGUAAGGAUCAAAGUAAAGAAACCAAGUUACAAGGGAAAACGUUCCCCUCACUGGUGGUGCUGGCUAAGCCAUGGCUCAAAGUUAAGGAUAUGUCUAGUACACGCAGUAAAUUGGACUCAAAGGUGAAAUUAGUGUUGAUGUUGACGCCAAAUAAAUUUACGGAAUGGCUAAUACAAGAAGGCUUGUUAAAAGCCGAACAAAAAUGUGCAAAUCAUCGUAAUAAUGAGCUGAAAUUGGGUGUUUAUUCGGAUGCCACCAAAUUCCCCUACACUGGCGGCUAUGUUUGGAUUAGUGAAUGUUGCCCAAUGCGUUUUGUUUCGGUAUUCCACGGCUCCAUAUUUGAAGGCGCUCCACAUCCACCCUCCUGCAUACUUAAGCUCAUUUAUCAUUGGUCAUGUCAGACGAACAUACAAAAUGUUGUGCAGUGGGUUAAAGUAGAUAAUGUAUACAUUAAAGGUGUAUAUACUUGGUUGCGCGCUAUUUGCACAUUAGCUGUGCAUCAAAAGUGUAAAAAACUAGGUGGGGCGGAACGUUUUGUAGAGGUUGGUGUCAUCUCUUUGGGCACAACUUCACAGGAUGGCGCUCAACGUCAAGUGAAGGUCGAAGUUUUAGGUGUACUUGAUUAUACUGAAAAGACUAUACGUUUACGUGCUGUUGAGCCGGUAUCAGACGCAGAUCGCAAUUAUAAGAAGCGUUUCCAAACUAUACUGGAACCACUGCAACGUUGGGUACAUAAGGACAGUGUUAUUUGCAUUGAUUUAACUGUUGACAAAAUGACACUCUACUCAAUGGGCUUUAAAAAUUUAGUACAAGCUGCAGCCACUGACACCACUGCUAAACAUACCAACUCUGCUGUAAUGGACUAUCUGCGUCGCAUUGUGCCGCGCAUGUUCCAGAAUACGUUGUCGUUGUUGUCACGUCAAAUGAUACAACAAUUCCUCGAUGAACUGGUAUGGCGCGAACAGUUCGGCACAUAUGCUUUGCAGGCCUUUAACAACAUAACCACACAUAUCGCCGAACAAACUCGUAUGAAUACAAGUGAAACACUUACACAACGCUUAUAUCAGGUCGCGACAAAUCCUUUUAAGGACUGGAGUGUUUUGCCAGCGAAUUAUCGUGAAACACCUGUGAACACAACACCAAAGCGAUUGAAAAAACCAAUCAACGAAGCUGACUAUGCACAGCCGGAAAAAGUGAAUUUGAAAUCGAUUAAAAAGGAGAAACCCGACACGUCACGCCAUGACACGGCAAGCACAUCAACACCCACUACAUCUGGCCGUCGAGGACGUCAUGCAGCAGUCACGACCGUUGAAGAUGAUUACAAGCCUGAAAGUAAAAAGUCUGCUGCUAAGGCUAGUAACAGCACUUCAGCCAAAGCGCAAAUUACUACAAAAAGCUCAAGCUCCAAACAUGCCGCCAGCAGCAAAUCGGAACCUAGCUCCAGCAAGAAAAUCAUCAUAGAGACAAAAAUUAAGAAGGAAAAAGAUGAGGAAGAUUUACGUGGUCUUGAGGAAUUAUACUAUGGCGUACGCGAUGGUUUGGAUGUGAAUUUCGAAAGUUUCCCUUACAAAAAUGACGUUGGCGAGAUCGUUGAGGCUAUCAAUGUUGAUUGUCCCAUAUGCGAUAUUAACGAAUCAUUCGAUUCUAAUGAGAAAUUACAAACCCAUUUGGUAUCACAUAUUAUUGCCGAUAAGGAUCAUCAAUUUCAAUGUCUCUUCUGUUUGGAUAAACAUCCAAGUGAAACUGUGUUGACCAAACACAAUCAAAUUAUGCAUCCGCUGGAAACGAAAUCGGCCUCAUCGGCUUCAUAUCACUGUUUGAUUUGUCAGCAACGUUUCAAUUCGUUGCAUCACUUAACUGUACAUUUGCAGAAGGUACAUAAUAUGCUGGAGCUGCCUUACGCUUGCCAAGCUUGUAGUUACCGCUCAUCAUCGCAUCGCGAUGCUGUACGUCAUUUCUAUGAUGAUCAUAAAAAUCAGAAUUUCUUGCAGUGUCCAUUCUGCUUGGAUAUUUUCCGUUUCUCCUACAAGGGACGCAUCAGCAUUUCUAAUAUUGAAAAUUAUUAUAUGCAUUUGCGUACACAUAUAAGCAAGAAGGAUCCGCAGUUGCGUUGUCAGAAAUGCGCACUAUGCUUCACUGAGAAGGGUGCAUUAAAGCAACACUCUGCCAAUCAUCAUACAAGCCUUCUGAAGAGUAACCGAAAGGUCCAACCUUUAUUGGCAAACUCCAUGUUAAUUGCACCACCGAAGAUACGGAGUCAUCACCGUGAACCACUACCCUACACGAUAACUUCGAAAAUUGGUGAAUUUUUCGCCUUGAUUGAUGGCUCCAUUUGUGCUGAAUGCAACUCUGAAAUACUUAACGAGGAUCAUUAUAUUGGCUUUAUGAAGUGCAAUAAAUGUAAUUACAAAUCAUGCUGCGAACGCGCCGUCUUUGAACAUGCCGCUGAGUGUAGCGGUGGCACCGGCGCCCGUGAUGUUAUGGAAUUGCCACUACCAAAUGAAAUGCAUUGCAUCUGUGGUUUCUCCACAUCGGUUGGAAAUAAGAUGGCACACCACUUGGCCACAUGUGGUCAAAAGUCCGCAUAUGUCUCCGUUGAGGCCGCACAAGAGAAUACUGUUAAACGCAAUAUGUUGGAUAUGUUAGGUUUGGUACGACGUGAUGGUGAAACGGGUGCAGAAGGUGAAGAGCAUGUUGGCGAACAAUCCGCUGCUGCAGAUAGUGUAGCAUCAGCAGAACAGUCAGCAGAAUUGCAACCAACAACAUUGGAAAGUGACAAUGCAGCUGCACCCAUACAAUUUGGUGAAAUGGAGGCUACACCAGUACUCGAUGGUAGCAGCGUACAGCAGCAGCAGCCAACAACAGUAACACUUGAGAACGCCGCCAUUGAUCCCCAAUUGGGGUAUGGCACACACAUGGUGGAUAAUGGUGAUGUGCAAACAGCACAAUAUCACAUUGGUUUUGGUCAACCAGAGCAACAACAUGCACUCAAUACGUCCGAUAUUGAUAUGCCAUUAAUUGGUGAAUUGGCCGAUCCUAAUCCGCCGGCAACACCACAAUUUAUAGGUGAAGUGCAUACGCCAAUGUUUGAUGCGGCAGCUGCUGCGGAACAACAGCACUAUCAUCAAAUGAUGCAACAGCAACAACAACAGCAUCAUCAUCAUAACCAACAACAAUGAAAACGAAUGAAACAGCGGCAACGAGACUAUACGUUACCGUGGCAGAGCUAUUAAAUAGCGCGAGUUUGCCGAAAGUAAAGAGGAAAGUGACGAUAUAUAUGUGAGGUUGUAGUUUCACGAGUGAGCGUACGAUAGGGGUAUUCACAAGGUGUGCGUUUUAUUGGCGUUAUUUAUUUCAAAUUAGCGCCUAAAUUUCAUUUUAAAAUAAUAAUAGAAAAAAUGACUGCUUAUUUGUGAGCUAAAUGUGGUACAACUUUCUUUUAACGGAAAUUGUUAAAUGUCAAAUGAGAAAAACUUAUUUUUGUAAAAAAAAUUAUUUUUUUU